GAUUUUUCUCAAUAAUGACAAACUACAUUCAUGUCGAGGAUCAAUGCAGUAGUAGAGAAUGUAAUGACUGAAUAUUUUUUAAGCAAUGUCAUUUAAAAGAGAACAACUUAUUUUAAUCAAGUGCAGUGCGGUGAUUUCUUUGAUGUCUGCCAUCAUAGUAACAACAUCAUUAAGUUCUGAUUAUUGGAUAACGGGAAAUGCAACUGCAAAAAAUGGUUCAGUUGAAGGAAAAUCAUUGAUAAAUUAUGGCUUGUUCAAGGGAUUUUUACAGAAGAGAUUUUUCGAAAGCCCUUGGGAAUAUAAUAUUUAUCUUACUUGUAUAUGGGAUAGAAAUGUAUGUAUUUGGAGCUGUCAAAAUAAUGAGGGUCUCAGAAAGAAAGAAGUUAUACAAUUGUUAAAUAACGAAGAAACAUCGCCAUGUACGAUUUUACGUUCAAUAAGAAGCUCAUCUACAACUCCUUUAAAUGAAACAAUUGAUAACAGCACAAAACAAUUUUUAAACAGUGGAAUGUUUUUAACUUCAAUUAUAUUUGUUGUUUUGACAAUGAUUUCACUUUAUAUGAGUUCGAUUCUGGCACUUGUUAAUUGCUACAUCAGUCCAGUAAUAACCAUGCUGAAUAUAAAUGGUAUUAUGAUCAGUUCUGGUUUGGCUUUUGUUUUUAAUUUCAUUGGUCUUAUAAUUUUUGGAUACAACUAUCAUAAUUGGAUUAAAGAAAACAUAGGCAUUGUUGAUACUAUCGUUGGAUAUUACGAAUCAUCAGCUGACUUGGGAUAUUCUUACUGGAUUUAUUUAUUUACCUGUAUAUUAAGUCCAAUUCCAAUUGUACUUUUACAUGCUAGAAACAUGAUAUUGAUGCAGAGCCGGGCUGAAACAACGAUUGUUGUUGCUAAAACAAAUGACCCCACUACUGCACUUUAUUAAUGACAUAUUUAUUUACUUCAAAUUUAUAAUAUUCUAAAUUGUAGUAAUGAUGUCUUGAAACAUAUUAAAAUUUUUUAUAA